GACAGCACAGGACAAAAAUACAAAACCCUUAAAUUAGAUAUUAUGACCCAAUUACGACAAAUUGAUAAUCAGCAAUUACUCCAAGAACUCCAAAAUCGUCUUCAUAAUAGGCAAUUAUCCGAGCAAGAAGUAGUCGCCCUAUUAGAAGCCGAACAAUGA